ACAGCUCAAACCCGCCACCCUUUUCCUUCCCUUUUCUUCUCUUCGCUUCCCCUUUCCCAAUUAUUGAUUGCCUUUGCUUUGCCCCCGAUCGAGAGAAGAAGAAAAGAAAGAGAGGCUGUCGUCUCCGGCCGGAAGCGACUGCAGAGCCAGAGGAUAUAUAUAUAUAGAUAAAUCACAUCCGGAAAUGGUGGAAUUAGGGUUAGAUAGCCCCCAAGGCAAGAGCGCAACUGAGGAUUUCGAGGAGACUGAACUACGCUUGGGUUUGCCUGGCGGCCAUGGAGAGAAGUUUGGCAACGGAAUUAAUUGUUCCGGGAAAAGAGUGUACCGGGAAGCGGUGGAUUUGAAACUCGACCUCCCUGCCAAGGAGGAAAUGGAUUUCCAGAAGAAUACAUUGCCUUGUUCGAGCCGUCCGACAAAUCCUCCUGCAAAGGCGCAGGUGGUCGGUUGGCCUCCGGUUCGGUCGUUCCGGAAAAAUACCAAUACCAAUACAGCCAUGCCGCCGGUCAAGAAGAGUACCGAGGAAGACAGCGGCGCGGCUCUUGUGAAGGUGAGCAUGGACGGCGCACCGUAUCUCCGGAAGGUUGAUUUGAAGAUGUAUACUACAUAUCAAGAGCUGUCAGAUGCCCUGGGCAAAAUGUUCAGUUCCUUCACUAUGGGUGAAGGCAUGAUGGACUUCAUGAAUGAGAGCAAGGUAAUGGACCUUCUGAAUAGUUCUGAUUAUGUUCCAACUUAUGAAGACAAGGAUGGGGAUUGGAUGCUGGUUGGUGAUGUCCCUUGGGAGAUGUUUGUUAGAUCAUGCAAACGCCUGCGCAUUAUGAAAGGAACAGAGGUUAAAGGGCUUGCUUGGACCAAGAGCCCUGGAGAAAUCAACAGCAGGCCGAGCUAAAUGAGAAACCAAAAAUUCAAGCUCACUCAUGUGGAGUAAAAUGAUUUUCUCGACAAAUACUGAUGAAAAUGGUAUUUGUUGUAAUUUGCAUCACAUGCUUCCUUGUAUUCUAGUAUGUGACUACUUAUAUUUACUAAGUUAUUGUAAUAAUCUUUGGCAGAUAAGAUAAAUAUGUAUAUGAAAUUAGAAUAUUAAAAUGACCAAUUUUUACUUACUUGCCAGUAAAUUUCAUGCUAGGGGAUUUCAAUGUUCCUA